CCCGAGAGAUAAAUUGUGUGUGAGUAUUAUUGGAGGAGCCGGGUACGAAACUGUCCUUUCGCGUUUCCUGUGGGGCGACAGUUAACAGUCUCAGCUAGAACUACUCGAAGCAACAACACAAAAAAUACAAAAAACCGUUAAAUAACCGAGCAAAAAUAACGGGGAUAUUACCGGAGAGUUAUUAACAUGUCGGCGAACAAAGACAGCGACGGCGGGUGGAAAUCGUUUGUGUGGAAUUCCGAGAAAAGGGAGUUUCUGGGGCGAACAGGGAGCAGUUGGCUUAAGAUCUUCCUGUUCUACGUGAUAUUCUACGGAUGCUUGGCUGGGAUCUUCAUCGGGACCAUUCAGGCGCUGCUGCUCACGCUGAGUAACUACAAACCCACCUACCAGGACAGAGUCGCCCCCCCAGGUCUGUCACACACCCCGCGCUCAGUGAAAUCUGAAAUUGCUUUCACCAAAUCUGACGAGACCACGUUCCAGAAGUACACCGACGCCAUGAAGGCUUUCCUCGAGCAGUACGACGUGGCCGGCCAGUCCGACCAGAUGAAGUUCGAAGACUGUGGAGAAACUCCUCAGACAUACAAGGACCGAGGGAGUCUGGAGAGCGACCUGGGACAGAGGAAAGCGUGCCGCUUCAGCAAGUCUUGGCUGGGCAGCUGCUCGGGGGAGAGCGACCCCCAUUUCGGCUUCAAGGACGGAAAGCCGUGCAUUAUCGUCAAGCUCAACAGGAUCGUCAACUUCAAACCCCGGGCUCCGUCUAACAAUCAGUCCCUCCCGGAACCUGUGCAGCUCAGAUCACAGCCCAACCUGAUCCCCAUUUACUGCAAAAAUAAGAGAGAAGAGGAUGAAAGCAAGAUUGGAGAGAUCAAGUACUUCGGCAUAGGCGAAGGCUUCCCCCUUCAGUACUACCCGUACUACGGCAAGCUGCUGCACCCCCAGUACCUGCAGCCUCUGGUGGCCAUCCAGUUCACCAACCUCACCCUGGACCAGGAGCUGCGCAUCGAGUGCAAAGUGUACGGCGAAAACAUCGACUACAGCGAGAAAGACCGCUAUCAGGGACGCUUUGACGUUAAGUUCACAAUCGGCUCGUGACCUCAGCCAUGACGAGCACUCGCAUUUUGAAACCAAUAAAAUGUAGAGAGAAUAAAAGAGUUCAGAUAAACACCACUAGUCUUUGAACAUUCAUAAUAUACAGGACCUACACUUAAUCUGUGUGCUUUACACUAGCUUUUCUGUGUCUGUCAAGGGUUAGAAUGUAAAAUACAAGAGUAGCAAUAGCAAAUAUUUAUUCUACUGAACAUGAAAAUAUUCCUCGAGCCAUGGGAUGUGUUCAUCUAUUACUGUAAAACCGCAAUUCCACUACUGACGUGUAGCGAGCCGUGUUUCUGUCCCCGACGUGUUUCAUCCUAACGUGCUUUCUAUAUAUUUUGUGUCCAGUGCUGUAGUCCAGUCCUGUUGUAAUCUCUUCUGUCUUAUGUCAGCUUUAGUGGUCCAAGGUGUGUGUGUGUGUGUGUGUGUGCUCGUGUCUGUGUGCAGGUGUUACUUCAUGUGAGUGUGUGGAGUGUGUGUUAAUGUGCUCUGACUAACUGAAAUACUAGCAUGGUACUCUGAACCUUUACGGCCCAUGUGUGAGUAAAUGACUGCGCUCCAUGGAAACCUUUAUUUUGUGCGUGUUUCUUUAUCCACCGUGGAAGGAUACAUCUGUACACCUUUGCUUUGUUGUUCACUUUAGCUGUAGGAUAUGGUUUGAUGACAUUUCUGUUUGAUACUUCUUAAUUCAUAGAGUAGAGCUUUGUGGGUCCAGCCUCGAAGACCGUCACCUCCACGGAAACAGUGGCAACUCAGUGCUUUGAAAUCUGUUUUGCUGGAGACAUCACGCGACGUGAUGCAACUUACUAUUGAAUGUUUUAGCCAUUUUCAUGGUGGAAGAAUUUUAUAUUUAUGCAGUUGUACAUUUUUUUCAAAGUGUAAAUGUAUGAAUCCAAAACCAAAGUCGCUGGUCAAAAAAAGUUAGAGAAUAUCAGAGGCAAUGCAGUAUCCCGUUGUAAUAAGAUGUUUAGUUGGUGUGAAAAAUACUUAAUUCAAUGUUGAAGAUCACAAACACUUGUCAGGAGUCUGCUCUUGUCACUUUAUUUAAUCUGCAUAAGGCUGAAACAAUAAACAGAAAAAUGAGACAA